AUGCUGACGCCGCUUCCCUUCAGCUGCCGUUCAUCCAGGAGACUCCAUGUGCUUCUCUCCAUGCUCCUCUUUUUGACUCUCUUAUCCCCAGUAAGAAGUGGUUUGGCUUCUGCUGAAAACCACUGUUUCAAUCUCUCUGGCCUUUGCAGAAGAGACACCUGCAAGAUAACAGAGGAUAUAAUUGGUGCCUGCCGAAGACGGUGGAAAUGCUGUCGCCAGUGGUGGAUUCUUCUGCCAAUUCCAACGCCCAUUAUCUAUUCAGAUUAUCAACCACCCAUUAAGCAUAAAUUGAAAUGA